AUGGCGACCGAGGGGCACGUAGACGAGGCGCUCCAAAGUUUGGGUUCACUUUCGCUCGACUCGAAGUUGGACGGUUCCGAAGGUGAGGUACGAGGAGAGGCGUCAGCGACGGACCUUGUCGAGGCCCUGCAGCGCGCAAAGGCAAAGGGGGGCAAGAAGACUUUGGUACGCAGCACCGAUCACUGCGUCAGCCUGGAUGCCGGCCCUUCUGCUUCGGCCAUCGUUGCGGAAGUGGAAGACGAUGGACAGAUCGACGGCGGAGAUGCGGUAGAGGGGCUGCCGAAGGUCAAGGCGACGAAAGAAGGCCAAAGAGUGCUCACCUCGUGGAAGACAGUCGAGUUUGCCUAUCGCAAAACCACAAGGGUCGGUCUGAGCGAGGACGAUGAACUGCCUACCCUGGCGAGAGGUCUCUUUACCACCAAAGAAGACUCAGCAGACACCAAGCACAGGAUAGUUGUCCGUGGCUAUGACAAAUUCUUCAAUGAGGGCGAGAUGCCAUGGACAAAGCCCGAUGCAAUCAGAGAGUUCAGCGCACCUCCUUAUGCCCUUACGUUCAAGGAGAAUGGCUGCAUCAUCUUCGUCUCUUCGCUGUCUCCCAAGCAGCUGAUCGUCACAUCAAAGCACUCACUCGGUGGCCGAGAGGAUGUCGUGAUAUCGCACGCCCAAAAAGGCGAAGAGUGGCUGGAAAAUCACCUGAAGUCUGUGGGAAAGACAAAGGGAGACCUUGCCAAGGAGCUUUGGGCUCGGAACGAGACGGCCGUGGCAGAGUUGUGCGAUGACGAUUUUGAGGAGCACGUCUUGGCCUAUCCUCCAGAACGGCGCGGGCUACACCUGCACGGACUCAAUGCCAACACGGUGCACUUCAAGACGAGAUCGAUGGCCGACGUCGAUGACUUUGCUCGUCAGUGGGGUUUCAUUCCCACGCGAUGGCUCGAAAUGAAGAGUCUCGACGAUGUUGACAAGUUCACGAGCAAGGUUGCAGAGACUGGAAGCUGGCAAGGAACUGCUAUCGAAGGCUUUGUUGUCCGUACUUCCAUGCCCAAACACGCCGACGGGGAGGUGAAGAGGAAUUCCAAGGCGGUCGCGCCCCCUUACUCGCCCAGUCAAGCUUGGUUCUACAAGGUCAAAUUUGACGAGCCCUACCUGAUGUACCGUGACUGGCGGGAACUGACAAAAAGGAUGCUCACCGACAAGAAACGGUGGGAGAAGGAGGCGGACAACAUGAUGCCGAUGCCAGAGGAACCGACAGCACCUGUUGCUCAGGACGAUGGCAAGCACGGAGAGACAACGAGUAAGAAUGCGAAGAAGAGGGAGGCCAAGAAACGGCUUGUGGAGCAGCAAGCAGCCAGCAAGAACGCGGCGAAAGCUGGCUUGUCGUUCCCAGAGGUACCCCAAACGAGAAGCAAGCGACCAGAGACGAAGCUCUUUGUUCAAUGGUGCCACGAGAAGAUGUACGGUGACAAGGCGGAACCUCGGCUCUUCGAGAGCUUCAACGAGAACAAGGGCAUCAUCGCACUGCGGGACCGAUUCAUCAAGUACAUGAAUACCGACGAAGGGCGACGCAAAUUAGAUGAAGUGAGCGGAGGCAGAAAGAAGAACAGCGUGGUCGCAGCAUUCUCCAAACAAGACAGCAAAGAUCAAGCGCCGUCUUCUUUUGACAAGACUCUCCUCGUUCCUAUGGCAGUCCCAGGUUGCGGGAAAACGGUUCUAGCCAUCGCCCUCCGGCACUUAUUUGGUAUCGGGCAUACCCAAUCCGACGAUGUUCAGACCAAGAAAACGGCGCCUACAUUUCUGAAGAACAUCAACGCAGAGCUGCAGAAGCACGACGUCGUCUUCGCCGAUCGCAACAACCAUCUCUUCAAGCAUCGAGACGAGAUUGUCAAGUCGGUCCUGGAUUGGCAGCAGAAAAACAAACAUCAUGUCCGCCUCGUCGCCCUUGCUUGGUCCCUCGAUGCCCUUCCUCUUAAUGCCAUUCAUCGGAUCUGCUCGGAUCGCCUAGUGGUACGCGGCGACAACCAUCAGUCACUGCGGGUCGAGAAGGGCAGCAAGACGCGCGAUCACGAGAAAAUUCUCUGGCAAUUCCUCGAAAAUGUUCAAGCAUACGGAAGUGCCGAGAAGGGUGCAGGAGACGAGGGCCACGGCGACGAAGCCUUCAAUGAGACUAUUCGGAUGGACGUGAACGCAUCUAUGGAAGGCAACGUCAGAAAGGCCGCGCGAGAAAUUUCAGGCCUAAUUGGAAGAACGCUCCCGUCCGACGAUCAAAUCACGGAAGCUCUGAAUAAGGCGCUAGGACACAAGGUCACCUUCAGAAAAGACAUCAAGGUCUCCAACAAGGCCAAAACUAUCCGAUACUAUGGCAUUGCCGUCGAGAUCGAUGUCACGGAUGCCUUGGCGCCCUUUGUGGAGGGUUCCGCUGAAGCGAAAGAGGCUCUUUCACGGCUGGGGGCGCUUCAUCGGCUCAUUGAGCGACCGCACGUCACGCUGGUUCACAACACUUCUCUGCAGCGCGAAGGUGAAGAGGGCAGAGCCGCAAAGGCUCGUUGGGAUCUAUACGAGGAGCUCUGCAGCCAAGAAACGCCAGUCGAUUUCGAGCUGCAGAUUGAUUGCCUGGCUUGGGAUGACAAGGCAGUGGCCAUGGGCGUGUGCGGUGCGCUUCCUGUCCACGGCAACCUGAAAAAAGCAGUCUUCGAUUCUGUGCAGGCCAAGAAUGGAGGCUGGAGGCCGCAUAUUACCAUUGGCACUUUCCAUGAGGACAUACGACCCUUCGAGGCCAAUCGUGUUCUUUGCGAUGCAGAUGGUGGGAAGGACACAGUCAAGAAGGUUGCAUUCGAUCGAGGAGGCUUGACCGUCAGAGGACGCCUGAUGGGUCUCAAUUAGCGACCGGAACGCUCUCGUGCCGACAUAGAUAGGAAGGCGUUAAGGGGCUUCAGCCGCAGGCAAAAGGGGCAUACCUUUUGGCAAUGAAAACAACAUCACUGUACAAUAUCAUAGUAGUAGCAAUCAGGUCGUACCACAUCAAUGUUAGCUACCAUCAAACAAUCCCUCAUCCAAAGAGAAACCCUUCCUUUCUAGCCUG